ACUUAUUGCCUCCUCUCAUUUUCUCACUCACCCGCCGCUAUCUCCUCCCGAGAGCUCCACUGCCGCUGGCCCUCUAGGUCUCCAGACAGCUCCACAGCCGCUUCUUCUUCUUCUUCUUCUUUCAUCUCCGCCCUAUUCUCUCUGGACUUCGUCAUCUCUCUGUCAGAUUCGGCGAUGAGAAAGUCUUGUUCUUCUCAUUUCUUCGUCAGAUCGGCCUUCGUGAAGUCUUCUUCUUCUUCUUCUUCUUCUCCUUCUCCGUCGAAUUCGGGCUUCGGGAAGUGAGAUUCUCAGCUCCGUUUCAGGGAUGAUUUCCUGUCUAAGGGAUUUAAACUGGUGUUGUAAAUAGAGCAAUGUCCAUGGGGCUUCUUCUGGCUUCUUGACUAAUUGCAAAACCCAGUCAUGGAGUUUCUCAAGUCACUUGUGAUAUGGAAGAAAUUGAGUUCCUUAUAAAUACUAAUAUCGAACAUAUAAAGAAGAGAAUACUCUUGACUUAUACGUAUAUGAUAAUGAUGGCCUACUUGUUUUUCUAGAAAUUAUACCGAGAGCUUUGCGAGCAGAGUUGCAUAAAAGACGUUUUUUUUUUUUUUUUUCCUUCAACAUGGAGAUGUCGGUGCCUAGUUGUUCUGCUCCAAGUUUUUGGUCUUAAUUGCCCUACUCCUUAUAUAAGGAGCGCAUCACCUAACUCCAGCACCACCCCCACCGAAUGUAUAUAUGGGAGGCAUAGUUCCAUGCACUCUACUAGGCUGCCUUUUUCACAGAAGGUUGACACAUAUAUCAAAUGCUUCACAAUAUGCUUCGCCAAAUCAUCACGUCAUUUUAUCAUUCAAAGCAUGUAAUUUCAUCCACCUCUUUCAGUCCAUUAAUCCUCCAACGUUCCCUCACUUCAUCGCUCCUGCCAAAUCCAACAUCUUUACAAACUCUAUGCUCCAACCGUCGACUGAGAGAAGCCUUGUUGAAAAUGGCCAUUCAAGGCCAUGAAAGUAAGUUAGAUAGCUAUAAUGCGCUCUUGAAUGAGUGUGUGAGCCAAGGGACUGUUAAAGAAGGCCAAACUGUCCAUGCUCACAUGAUCAAAACAUGUUAUUUUCCAUCGCUAGUGUAUUUAAGCACUAGGCUGAUCGUCUUGUAUGCGAAAUGUGAUUGUCUGGAUGAUGCACGUAAGGUGCUCGAUGAAAUGACUCUAAGAAAUGUGGUGUCGUGGACGGCCAUGAUUUCCGUUUAUUCGCAAAAGGGUUAUGCUUCUGAAGCCUUGAACCUUUUUGUUCAGAUGUUAAGAUCAGGUACAGAGCCUAAUGAGUUCACUUUUGCAACAGUACUUACUUCAUGUACCUGUUCUUCAGGAUUAGAGUUAGGAAGACAAAUCCAUUCGUUUGUUUUGAAGACAAGUUUUGAAUCCCAUAUGUUUGUUGGGAGCUCACUACUUGACAUGUAUGCGAAAGCUGGUAGGAUUCAUGAUGCUCGACAGGUUUUCACUUGCUUGCCAGAAAGGGAUGUUGUUUCAUGUACUGCUAUAAUCUCAGGAUAUGCCCAGCUUGGCUUUGACGAAGAGGCGUUGGAACUAUUCCGUCAGUUACUAAGGGAGGGAAUGGUCCCAAACCAUGUUACUUAUGCUAGUCUAUUAACGGCAUUAUCUGGGCUUGCUGCAUUAGAUCUUGGAAGGCAAGUUCACAGCCAUGUCCUUCGGUCCAAGGUGCCCACAUUCAUUGUUCUGCAGAAUUCUUUGAUUGAUAUGUAUUCAAAAUGUGGAAACCUUGCUUACUCGAGGAGGGUCUUUGAUAGUAUGACUGAGAGAAGUGUCAUCUCUUGGAAUGCCAUGCUUGUAGGAUAUAGUAAACAUGGAAUGGGAAGAGAGGUAGUUGAGCUUUUCGAUUUAAUGAGAAAAGAAAACAAAGAGAAGCCUGUUUCGGUCACUUUUUUGGCAGUUUUAUCUGGCUGCAGCCACGGAGGUAUGGAAGAUAAAGGGCUGGAGAUUUUCUAUGAGAUGAAAAAGGGGACGUAUGGAGCUGAGCCAGAGAUGGUGCAUUAUGCAUGUGUUGUUGAUCUGCUUGGUCGUGCCAGUCGAAUAAAUGAGGCUUUUGAGUUCAUCAAUAAAAUGCCCUUCGUGCCAACUCCUGCCAUUUGGGGUUCUCUUUUAGGUGCUUGUAGGGUUCAUUCCAAUUUCGAAAUCGGUGAAUUUGCUGGUCGUCAACUCCUAGAAAUCGAGCCUGAAAAUGCUGGGAACUAUGUUGUUCUUUCUAAUCUGUAUGCUUCUGCAGGGAGAUGGGAAGAUAUGAGAACCAUAAGGGAAUUGAUGAAGGAGAAGGUUGUUAUAAAAGAACCAGGAAGAAGUUGGAUUGAGAUUGAUCAAAUUCUUCAUACUUUUCAUGCAAGUGAGCGCUCCCAUCCAAGAAGAGAAGAGGCAAAAACAAAGCUAAUGGAAUUAUCCACGAAGUUCAAGGAAGCUGGUUAUGUUCCGAACUUGAGUUGUGUUUUAUUUGACGUGGAUGAGGAACAAAAGGAGAAGAUUCUCCUGAACCACAGUGAGAAACUUGCUUUGGCCUUUGGUCUGAUUGCUACUUCCGAAGGUUCACCUAUCCGUGUAAUAAAAAACCUCCGAAUUUGCGUUGAUUGUCACAAUUUCGCCAAGAUUUUCUCAAAGAUUUAUGGAAGGGAAGUGUCUCUUAGAGAUAAAACGCGGUUCCAUCGUAUUGUGGGAGGUAUCUGUUCUUGUGGAGACUACUGGUGAGCUUUGAGGAAUAUGUUGGUUUCAGCUAAACUUUCUAGCCGGUUUUGGAAAUAUGAAGAACAGAAGCCACAUGAAAAGAAUGGUUGAAAAUAGGGAUCCAUAAAAGAAAUCCCGAUCAACGCAAUGGGAUUCAAUCGGGUUCUCCCGCAUUGGUGGGCCAUCCAACCCGGUCGGGUUGAAUAAGGGUGCUCUAUUUAGAACACAGGAAAUCUGAGGAACCCUAUGUUAAGUAUGGACUGAAACUUUGUGGGUUGCGUCUAACAGUAAAAAAGAUGUGGGACGUGUGAGGCACAAGAAGAACACAUAAAGAUUGUGAGAAGUAAAAGAAGCCCCCUUUCGGGUUCUCUAGGUUUUGUGGAAAUGAUCUUUCAACUAGGGAGUUAUAGACAUUGAUUAUUCUUUUGAAUUGUUUUUAGGAAAAUGGAAGCGGAAGAAUAUAGUAGAUUGUAAACUUUGAUUACUAACAUGAUUUGGCGGCAAAAAUAAUAUGCUUAUUCUUAUGUUACAGGUACUACUGUAAACAGACAUGCAUGGAUCUAUGUAAA